ACGAAUAAUUCGAUUAUUUCUGUACAAUACGCGUCCCGGUGCAGAUGACUAAGGAGUCUUAUAUUAUUAAACAUUAUUUAUUAUACUGAGGUUACGCGAACGUGCACCGAUUUUCAUAUUAUUAAAUUAUUACUGUUGUUGUUUUUACUGUUUUAUACCUAUUUCACCUCUAAACAUUUUUUUAUUUCACUUUUUCCUAUUAUAUUAAAAUAGUAUAACGUCAUGCCAGUAUCGUGAGUUCUGAGGUGCUUUUCGUCAUCACCGUCGUAUUUUUUCUUCUCAAACCACGGCUGUUGCUUUGAAAAUGUUCAUUAACGAUUUUCCAUUCAUGGAGUCCAUGCCGUCCAACAACAAUAAUUUCGUACUCAAGUCCGAGCCGUUUAGUGAAGGCAUUUACAAUGGAAACGUUUGGAUCACAGCAGAAUCGGACCUCAACGGCAUGCCGGUGCACCGCGAGCAGACCUAUUUGCAGGCCAUCGACGCGCCGCAAGUACACUCGCCGCCCAUGACCAAUCAGAACCAGGCGUGCUCCAUCUGCGGCGACCGGGCGACUGGAAAACACUACGGAGCAGCGUCCUGUGACGGCUGCAAGGGAUUCUUUCGGCGGUCCGUCCGCAAGAGCCAUUUCUAUUCGUGCAGAUUUUCGAGAAACUGCAUCGUCAACAAGGACAAACGCAAUCAGUGUCGAUACUGUCGUUUGCGGAAAUGCUUCAAAGCCGGGAUGCGAAAAGAAGCCGUGCAGAACGAACGCGACCGAAUCAACUGCAGACGACCCAGUUACGAGGAGCAACCGUGCGCCAGCGGUUUGUCCGUCACGUCGCUGUUGAACGCCGAAAUCUUGUCCCGCAGCGAAUCCGAUACGGCUGAGGACACUAACCUAACGAACAAGCUCGUGGCAAACAUCGGGGACGUGUGCGAGUCCAUGAAAACCCAAUUGCUCUUCCUGGUCGACUGGGCCAAGCGCAUACCCGCGUUCACAGAACUCCAGCUGAACGACCAAGUUUCGUUGUUGCGGGCUCACGCGGGAGAACACUUGCUCUUGGGUUUGGCCAAGAGGUCGUUGAUGCUCAAGGACGUGCUGCUGCUGGGAAACAAUCGCGUUAUAACCCGUCAUGUACCCGACAACGGAAUCCCGUCGGACUUGGACAUAAGCAGAGUUGGUUCGCGCGUAUUGGACGAGCUUGUCAAACCGUUGAACGACGUGCAGAUCGACGACACCGAAUUCGCGUGUCUAAAGGCCAUCGUUUUCUUCGAUCCAAACGCCAAAGGCCUAAACGAAUCGGACCGCAUUAGACGCAUGCGCAAGCAAAUCCACAGAAACCUAGAAGACUACAUCAGUGAUAGGCAAUACGAGACGUGUGGCCGGUUUGCCGAACUGUUGCUUACGUUGCCAGCAUUGCAGUCGAUCACGUGGCAAAUGAUUGAACAAAUUCAAUUCGCAAAGUUGUUCGGAAUGGCACACAUCGAACCGCUUUUACAGGAGAUGUUACUCGGAGGAGCUUCAAUCGAUCCUGAUGCAAAUGCCAAUCAAGACAACAAAAACAUCAAUGUCAUCAAUGUGUCAUAAAUUAAAUAAUGCAUUGAAAUUCCAGAACAUCCAUUGCGAUUGAACACAGCGUUGAAUUCUUUAUAAUAUAGCUAGGUAUAUAAGUUGAUAACUUCUAUUAUCACUUCACAUAAUAUAAUGUUAAAUGUUGAUAAUCAUCAUAAUAUAUUGCCCUGACUUAUUUGAGUAAUAAUUUUAACAUUGUGAUGCUAUUAAUUUAAAUACCUAAACUGGUUAACAUACUAUUUUUGUUAUUGUUUUAUUUUUAUUUUAUUAUUAUAAUUGUAAGACUUUCCUAUAACGUAUCCCCCUCUCUCUCAAUAAAUCGAGUAAUACAGCGGUCAGAUUAGGAUCUCUUAUAACCUACUAUAUCCGUAAAAAAAAAAUAGAAUUAUUCAAUAACCUUGAUUAAAUAUUCAAACUGUCUACUAUAUCGAAAUGACAAACCAUGUGUACCUUUAUUUGACAAAUUAUAUUUUUUCUAUUUAUGUUUGAUUUAUCGUGUUUAUUUACUACUAUUUCAUUGUCAAUAAUAUACAAUAUAAAUACCUAUUCAAAUUUCAAAUACUUUCCAAACUAGUAUAACUGAUUUGUACAUUGUAAUUAGUA